GGACAUUUUAUAUAUAAAACUUUGUUUAAAAUGUUACAAAUUAUAAAUAAAUUAACAAUUUAUAGGAGUAAUUGUCCAGGAGCGACAGCGUGACAUCAUGUCUUUAUGGAAAUAUGUCCUGGUGAGGCCCCUCCCUGCCCCGGUGACAUCAGCCGGAGCUCGGCUGCUUUCCUCCAGGAGCAACAUACACACACACACACACGCCCUCUUUCUCACACACACACAUCCAGCGUAGCCACCGGGAAAGCUCGAAGAGGACUGCGACUGCUCGGCUGUUACCGCUUUUCUUUUUGUCAUGGGAAAUAAAAACAAGAACUCCUCUCAGGCAGUGAGCCUGGGCAGCUGCUAACAUCCUUCACCCCUGAGGAUAAAAAGUGCACCAGAGCUGUUGAAGUUCCAGCAUUGUGCACGGUGAAGGGCCCCAUUAUGGCUGCCCAUCGGAUCAGAGCCUCCACCAACAACAACACUUCUCUCCCCCGCUGCAAAUCGGAGGGGACGCUCAUCGAUCUCAGUGAGGGCGUGUCAGAGGCCAGUCUGACUGAGGUCAAAGUGCCUUCUCCCAGUACCUUGCGAUUGGAUACCACUGCUUCCUUUGGUGCUGCCAGGGAAGUCAUUGCCAUAAAGGACUACUGCCCAUCCAGUUUCACCACUCUCAAAUUCUCUAAAGGCGACCAUCUCUAUGUUCUUGACUCAUCGGGUGGAGAGUGGUGGUAUGCCCACAACAACACAGAGAUGGGUUACAUCCCUGCAGCUUAUGUGGAACCCAUCAACUACAGAGACUCAUCCUUCAGCGACAGCGGGAUGAUCGAUAUGGUGGGAGACAGUAAUGAGGAGGGAGCCAAAGAAAUGGACCUGUUAGGAGAGUGGACAGGAAUGAUUCUUAAACCGACCACUUUUCAAAAUGGAAAUCCUUUUGCAACGACCCCGUCCUCGACAAACCCUUUUCUAAACGGAGGUCCUCAGAGUUCAUUUGAUCAGACAAUGAAAGAGAAAUCAGUUGACCUUCUUCUGUUUGAUACACUCUCUUCGUCUGGCCCCAAUUCUACCAGAAACACUGGAGACCAUGGUUUUAGCAGCAGUGUUUUCAACUUGAACCCUCUUAGUCCCACUGUGGGUGUGGGGCAAACAUUUCAGAGAGACAACCCGUUUUUUAGAAGCAAGCGUUCCUACAGUCUGUCUGAACUGUCUAUCCUUCAGGCUCAAACAGACACUCCUCAAGCCUCCAAUGGUUUCUUCGGAGGUCUCAAAGCACCAGCACCUGAGCAGUUCCAGAGCAGGGAGGACUUCCGUACAGCUUGGCUCACCCAUCGCAAGUUGGCCAGGUCCUGCCAUGACCUGGAUUCACUGGGUCAGAACCCAGGCUGGGGUCAAACUCAGCCAGUGGAAACAAACAUUGUCUGCCGUUUGGACAGCUCAGGAGGUGCAGUGCAGCUUCCGGACACCAACAUUAGCAUCCUUGUACCCGAGGGUCACGUGGCACCAGGGGACACGCAACAAAUCUCCAUGAAAGCUCUGCUCGACCCACCACUAGAGCUUAACAGUGACCGCUGCACCACUGUCAGCCCUGUGGUGGAAAUCAAGCUCAGCAACAUGGAGACUAAAACCGCCAUCACCCUGGAGAUGAAAGUGUCCAUCGUUGUGAAAAUGGAGAGCAGACAGACUACGGAAGUCUUAUGUGUGAGGAGUGAUUGUAAAGAGGGGCCUUACACCCCCAUCCCUCAAACAUACAUGUAUGGGGACACUGUUCAGGUGGGCCUGGAUAAUCUUGAGCCAUGCAUGUACAUAUGUGUAGUUGCCCAGGCCCAGUCUUUACUUGCUGAAUCCACAGUGUGGGAGCAUGUGGUUAAAAAGGUCACCAUAGGAGUUUAUGGUCCAAAACACAUCCACCCAUCCUUCAAAACUGUGGUGGCCAUGUUCGGCCAUGAAUGUGCUCCAAAGACCUUGUUGGUGAGCGAAGUCGGUAAACAGGCACAGUCUGCACCACCAGUUGUCCUGCAGCUUUGGGGUAAACACCAGUUUGUCUUGUCAAAACCUCAAGACCUCCAUGUUGGGGUUUACUCCAACAUGGCUAACUAUGAAGUAAAAGCCAGUGAGCAGGCAAGAGCAGUCCGGGGUUUCCAGGUUAAAUUAGGCAAAGUUAGCAGGCUGGUUUAUAUGAUUUCAACACGGAAUGAUGAAGAUGUUUCAGAUUUCACCCUAAGAAUUCAGGUCAAAGAUGACCAAGAUUGUAUAUUGGCUCAGUUUUGUGUCCAAACACCAACACCACCACCAAAAGCAGGCCCAAAGACAUCAGUGCAGCGGCGAUUCCUAAAAAAGAAGGAAGUGGGGAAAAUAGUUUUGUCUCCUCUCGCUGUUGCGACCAAAUACCCUGUUUUCCAGGACAGGAAGAUAAACAACCUAAAAUUUGGUAAAUUAAUCAAAACGGUAAUCAGGCAAAUGAAAAACCAGUACUUGCUUGAGUACAAAAAAGGAGACUUUGUAGCUAUCUUGAGUGAGGAGAAGAUCAAGCUGAAGGGCCAGUUGUGGACAAAAGAGUGGUACAUUGGGUAUUAUCAAGGGAAAAUAGGGCUCGUUCAUGCUAAAAACAUUCUAGUUGUUGGCAAAGUAAAGCCCAUUUACUUCAGUGGGCCUGACCUUACAACCUCAUCGUUACUGGAGCAAAUACUGAAACCCUGCAAGUUCCUCACGUACAUCUACGCUUCUGUAAGAACAAUACUGAUGGAGAACAUUGGCAACUGGCGAGUGUUUGCGGACGCUCUCGGAUACGUCAACUUGCCCCUGACACAUUUUUGCCGCACAGAGCUGGACAGCGAGCCAGAGAGGGUGGCGUCGGUCCUGGAGAGGCUAAAGGAAGACUGCAACAAUGCAGAGAGCAAAGAGAGGAAGUCCUUCCAGAAAGAACUCCUGACUGCUCUGUUGAAGAUGGACUGUCAGGGUCUCGUGGCCAGACUUGUUAUGGACUUUGUCCUCCUGACCACCGCCGUGGAGGUGGCCGGACGCUGGAGGGAGCUGGCCGAGAGACUGGUCAAGGUUUCCCGCCAGCAGAUGGAUGCUUAUGAAGCGCCGCACCGCGACAAGAAUGGCGUGGUGGACAGCGAGGCCAUGUGGAAGCCAGCGUACGACUUCCUGGUCACGUGGGCCGCUCAGAUCGGUGACAGCUACAGGGACGUGAUCCAGGAGCUCCACAUGGGCCUUGACAAGAUGAAGAGCCCCAUCACCAAACGCUGGAAGCACCUGACUGGCACGCUAAUCCUGGUCAACUGCCUGGACGUCCUGCGGAGCUCCGCCUUCAGCCCUGCCGCUCAAGAUGACUACGCCAUCUGAACUUAGUUUAAGCCUCCUUACGCUCCACGGUUUCCCACCUCAGUUCACUCUCCUCCGGAGCCUUGUUUCCUCCACUAGUUUGAAAUGCUGCACAUCAGCUGACUGCUCCUGAAUGCCACUACAGCUGUUGUAUGAUGUAUGUUCUGUUUGUUGUUCCCAGGAAGGAACCCAAAGAGACUGCUUCCAGGUUUACUCCAAACAACACAUGGUUCUUGCACAUUUAAGUAUUUUUUUACUCUAGUUAUGGCACAGCCUUUUUGUAAAGCAACACUUUAAAAGGUUUGGUUAAGAACUGUGGAUCAAACUGUAGAAACAUUUUUUUAAAGUAAAGAAAUACUUUUUAGAUGCUUGUUACAGUAGCCUCAUCAUGCUGUAUCUUUAUGUACAUGAAACAAUGGUUGGAUUUUUUUUGCUGUGGUCCUUUCAGAUAUUUCAGCACCAUUCUGUCUUGUUGGGAUCCUAGACUGAAGGAUGUUAGAUCAAGGUUCUUUAAGUAAUUUAUUCACUAAGCAUUUGCAGAAAUGUUUGACCCUGUUUAGGACUUUUCUCAAGGUUUUGUUUUUCAUGACAUUCUUUUGUGUUCUUUUAGAGAAAUUGGUUAAAAAUCAUGUUCCAAAAUUCUUUUUGACACUUUCUACAGUUUUCUGUCUACUUUUUCUGUUUCAUUGAAACCACCUUUGCUAGCAUCCAUUCAUUAAAAUAUCUCAGUUAAAUUACUUCUCUUUAUGCAGAGGAGUUUAAAUAAUGGCUGACUUAGCUCAAUGAAAAUGAACAGAUGUUGCUUUUAAAAGUAUUUCCCCUCCUUACAGAUUUCUAAGGUUUUUGGUUUUCUGUUGAACUUCUUAGGAAUGUUUUAAUUCAGUUACAUUGGGUGGUUCUUCAGCAUGAACAGCCUGUUUUAUAGGUCAAUCAGAUUCAAGUCCAGAGUUUGACUAGCCCACUAGAAAUGUUUAUUGUGCUUGUUAUGAGCCAUUCAGAGGUGAACCUGCUGGUGUGUGGACAACCUUGCAUAACCUAAAUGUGUUUGAGCUUUCCAGGUCACCAGACCUGCAAAGUAAUCCGGGUUCUGAGAGACAAAGAAGCCCCAAACCAUCAAACUACCACCACCAUGUUUAACUGUACUGAUGAUGUUCUUUUUCUGCAAUUCUGUGUUAGCUUGGCGCCAGAUGUAGCAGGAUGCACACCUUACAAGAAGUUCCACUGUUGUUUUCUACUUAUGCACACAUGAUAAUUAUCCUAUUAGAUCACAGAUCAUUGACCCCCACCUACUCCAAAUCAAACGAAAUUGGUCUCAAAUCUUUGUGCAGCAAAAUUGUAUUUGUGUGUAUUUGUGCCACUUUCAUUUUAUAAUAAGAUAUAAUUAAAAGUUUUGAUUUGAAGAAGUUGGGGGGGGCACAUCAUCACUCAUUAAGAACUUUUUACCAAACAUAUUUGGGGUCAUUAGGAUGUUUUUUGGCAAAUGUCUUUGUGUUCUUUUUGGUCAGAAGCCUUGGAAAUCACAAUUGGAUAAAAUAUUGUCGUGAACUCUGACCUUUCCUGAGGCCAGUAAAGUCUGCAGUGCUUUAUGAAUGAUCAAUGAGCUCUCUGAGUCAUUUUGGUUGGCUAGCCACUCACUGUGGUUCACUGGAGUUCCCAGGAGUUACCAAAAUGUUUUCAGACAGUCUGAUGUCAGUGGCCUUUUAUUCUUGCUUUGUGAGUAUUUUUUAGCCUACUACAUGUUGUCAGACAGGUUCUGUUUAUAUGCUGUUUUGAUUGUUCGGGUCUGGCAGUAAUCAUGCCUAAAUGUGGUGAGUGAAAUUAACAAAAAUAUGUGGCUAAUCAUAGUAAAUUCCUGAUUUAAUAAGAUAGGUGAUUACUUUUCACAUAUGGUCAGGUUAGUGUGGAGAGUUUAGUUCUUGUAGGAAAUGAAAUUGUCAUCUGAAAACUGCAUUUUGUAUUUACUCGGGUUAUCUUGUGUGAGAUAUGAAAACGUCUUUCGUGAUCUGAAAGUGUGACUAAAUUAUAGCAAAAACAGAAGAAAUCUGUAAGUGGGCAAAGACUUUCUCUUGACACUGAAUUCUGACUACUAAUUCCAAAAGACUUUGUUGUGGCUGUGUAAAACAUUACAACCAAAUAUAACGAACAAAAAUGGUCCGUUUUACAUCUACAAGGAGAAGAUACUAUGUGCCAGUAUACUACCGCAGCGGUGCUAAAGAAGGUUUUAUCUAAAGAUGCUGGUUUAUCACUGUUCUGCACAGUGUGUGAAGUAUUAUCCAUAAUUGUGCAACAUUCUUUGUACAAUCAGUUCCAACCUUCUUUAUCAGUUUGUUUAGUUUCUUCGAGUCUUUGCAUCUGCUGCCCUGACAGACGCCUGCAGUCACUCUGCUGUCCACAUUAACAGUUAUUUUGUAAAACAAACUGUUUUCUUGCAUUUGCACCUCUUAUUUGGUGAAAAUUAGACUUUCAAAAUCAUUGACAUCGUUGUAUACAAUAUACUGCCAAAAGUAUUUGUCUAAUUUUACAUGUACAUGAUUUUUUAUGACUUCCUUUUCUUAAUCUAUAACGUCCAGUUUGUUGAUGGACCCACCGUUGCCAGCAAUAGCAACUUUUAACUAUUCUGUAAACAUCUCCCACAUGAUUUAGGAGUGUGUUCAUAGUUGGAUCAGAAAAACAGAAUUGCAGCCUCCGUUCUGAUUCAUCCCACAGGUGUUUAGGAAGGUUGAGGUCAGGACUCUGCGCAGGUCAGUCAAGUUUCUCCACAUCAAACUUUAUAAACCGGCAGCCAUGACAGUGAUUGGAACACCAGAACUCAUUGAUUUGGUGGUGGGACCCAGUACUUUUGGCAGUAUAGUACAAAACAAUGACAUCAUACUUUGCUGGCCAAGAAACUUUGCCAUGUGUUGGGAAGAUUCUUUCAUGCGUUUUUUUGUUUUGGUUAAUGUUGCCUUCAUUGCCACCUCCUGGCAAGGAAUACUAAUUUCAGAAUUUACUUGAAUUUAGCCUUUAAUGUCCAGACAGAGAAUGUUUUUUCAAACAAAAGGAAAAAAUAAAGUUGUGUUGUCGAUACCUUACUACUAGAAGAUGGAGAACGUCUUCCCAUAACAUAAGCUUCCACAAGAAAGAGUUCUCUUGAUCUUUAUUGGCAUUUUACUAACAAAUGUAAACUGACAGCAAACACAUUGCUGCUUCAUAAAGUACAAAUUCCCAAAAUUGUGCAUUCAAAUUUUAGAAUAAAUGCACAGUAAAUUUAACAAACUAAAAUGACUACAGCUGACCAAGUGGUUAUUAAAAUAAAAUAAAAUAAAAUUGUCAAAAGACAUAUAGAAAUGUGAAAAAAUGUCCCACAGGUUUUGAAAACCAGUCCUGUCCCAGUUAGUUUUCUGAUCUAACGUAUCUGUGUGUUUUGUAAGUUGGUUCCUUUCCUCAGCUUUAAAACAAGCUGCACAUUUUUAACCAAAUCUAUUUGUACCUUGUACCUCUAUAUUUUGUACCUUGGCGUCUAUAAAAAGUAAAACGUUUUGAGCUCUAUUAGCCACCUUCCUUUCUGCCAUGGGACCCAACAACCUAUGGAUAUGAUAUAUUCUCAGAGCAGAAGGAUUUAUCUUCCCCCUGAUUUCCAUUGUUGUUAUCAAUGUAACAAAUGUUUUCCUCCUACUUCCUACGAACAUUUAAUGACACUUUCCUUCUACUCUCAUAAUAUGUAUUUUCAGUGAAGCUUUCCACAAACCAGAGAGCUCUCUGAUGCCUAAUAUUGAGACCACUGUUGUAAUGACACUGUCAAAGCUUCUGGCUGUUUUUUAGUGUUUCAGUAACAUAACCAUUGCUAUACCAGAAAUCUUUUUUGUGACUGCAGACUUUUGUGUUGAAGCAUCUGUAAAUAACUUGUAAAUAUUGGUGGGCUCCAUUUGGCAUUAAGUGCAUGCACUGGAGAGAAGCACACACUCAGGGGCAGCUUAUCUGCUGCAGAAGCAGUGGGUCACCAUGUUUCAUGUGUUAUCAGGGCUUUGUUUAUAGAAAGCAGAUGGAGGAUUCACAGCCUGAGAACGUGUGCAGUGGAGACUUGGAGGUCAGGAGAAACAAGCUGGUUGGUUGGGUUCUGAGGCAUGACCUCCAGCAAACUGCUUGCUUAUCUUCAAACAGCCCUCACCAGAUCAUGUGGGACAUUUAAUAGAUUAAACUUCAACUGCCUGAAAAUAAAGUUUAAAAUGACUAAUUACAUUUGUGUUAGACGUUAUCAACGGCACUGCUCCUCUGAAGAAAGAACCAACUGGAGCCUGUUCUUUCACUGAGAACUAGUUUAAAGGAGGAAAAUUUAGCUAUCAGUUCAAGAUGCACCAAUUAGAGAUUUUGUGACCAAAAUCCUGAUCAGCAGUUUUGUAAAACUUUGGCCUACUGAAACCAUUUUUCAGAUUUCCCUAAAAAAAAGUGCUGAUCAGCCUUUUACAUGUUUCCAUUGGUAUCUUGACAGUUUAUCCUUAUUGAUAAGCUCCAAGUCUUUACGGUUGGAAGACCACCUCCCAUCACCCUAAUGUUUAGCUACCUCCACGGAUUCUUUUUCAGAUUCAGGUCAGGAAUCUGUCUGGGCCACUGCUAAACAUUAAUAUUAUUUCCAGUCUUGACAAGACCAAAUCUGUCAGGGGUAUGAAUAGUUUUGGCCUUAAUUGUAUGGUCCAUUCACUUUUUUUGUGAUGUGAUUUUUAGUUCCAAUCAUCAGAUUAGUAUUUAAAACUGAUCAAGUGUACAAAUCAGCUUAUUCCAGUCAGCCGAUGAUUUUUCGGUGAACCUACAGAACCCGUGCAUCAGUAUGAGAGAAUCAGUUGAAAUAUGUUAACCUUUGUAGAAGGUGAAGAGAAGGCAAAAUGUUUGCUACUGGUAUAUCAAUACUUUGUACGGUUCCAGGUGAAAGCAAAAAGUUUCCCACUAAAAUCUUGGAAACAGUUAUCUGUUGCUUAGCAACAGGCUUUACAAAUCAUCAGGGGGACAAACCAAACCUAUCUAUCCACCUGUUCCAGAACAGCCUAGAACCCAGUCGGGUUCAGUGUACAAUACGACUUGUGGAACUAAUUUUCAGGUACAUUUUUGUUAAACUUGUGUAUCACUUAUGGCUGACUGUGUUUCAAUGUUGAAGAUUUUGCUAAAGUUGCUAACAUUAAGGAUGGGCUGAGAGAUUCUAGCGGGUGACAACCUUGAAUAAAAUAGCAAAAUUUUAAAAUGAAAUUAGACAAUUUUAAAAUGAUGUAUGACAGAAAAUACAAUGCCUUUUUGUCAUUCUGCUCUUUAUAAAAUACCGUAGGUAUAACAAGUCAAGAUUAGCAUGUUAGUAGUUAGGCUAUCUGCUCUGGUAGUCAGUCUGCAGUCAACUACUCAUCAGACAUGCCAUUAGUAGUUUACCGUGUUAUAUUUUCACAAAAGUUGACAUGAGAAUAAUGGGGAGGGGUGGGGGGUGCUCCUCUAAUUUUCAUGUCAUACCUGUCUGUUAUUUUUGCAACCUGAAAUAAUUUGUGUAAUUUAGUGCAUUUUGUGUAAUUUUUUUCCUGUAUGCAGCAACAGAUGAUCCAGAGCUUCUCGGGUAUCUCAGUGAAAGUACUUUAACACAUUUGACGUGUAUAAUAGAAAAUGUUAGUGGAACUUUUUAUCACUUUGGUAUAGCUUGAUACCAAGGUGAAACCAGACAAUUCAAAGUUUGUAAUGUGCCAUUUAGAUAGCAGGGCCUUGUUGUCUGUAUAUGAUUCUACUGUUCUACUGAUUAUGGAAACAGAAAGCCCAUGCUUCUUUAACUAGCUAUAUUUCACUGCUAAAUGUGUGCACAAAAUGUCAGCAUGUGUGUCCUUCUAACUGUGAAACUAGACAAUGGCAGGAUCUGCUCCUAAAAUAACUUCACCUAGUGUGUCUGCAUUGACACAGUUUGUCAACAUUAAAGUCUGGUCAUUCUUUU